ACUGCUGGAGCCUUUGGGAAGUACUAUAUCAAAUACAGGCAUAGGCAUAGGAGGUAGUUCGGCAGGAGCUUCUUCUAUAAUCAGUGGUCCAGCUACAAGUACAACUGGUGUUGCAGCUCCGGUUGUGGUGCCUCCAUUGCUAAAAGGAUUAGGGUCAACAUCCCUGGAAAACACGUCUUCUACAGUGCCAGGAGCACUUGGUGGAACAAGGGAACAGCAGACCCUGAUAGAAUCCGCACGUGGUCAAGCUCCGCCACUGUCUGCGCGAAAAGCACCUGUUAAAGCGACAUUUAGACCUGGGGACUUAGUGGUGAACAACACAACGAGGGAUCCUUCAACGUCUUCGAUUUCUCCG